UCGCUCGUUGGCCAGCUCCACCUUCCUUUCACAGCAAACCUUUCACAUUUCCCUACGUUUCUCUUCACUGAAGAAAAUCAGUUCCAAAACCCUGAUCUCAAACUACUCCGUGAAUCCGUAUACUGUUCGAGUUUCGAUUUCUCAAUCCAGAUCCCUGGAAAACUAAACAACUUUCCUGUAAUUUCUAUCUCGCAUUCAGUCCAUGGCUUCACGCUCCAAUGUCGUCGUCAACCCUAUAUUCUAGGGUUUCGAUGUUUCGUGUUCUUCUGCAUAUCUCUGUUCAUCGAAGGUGUACUUGUUUGUGUGGUUUUUGAUGUUUGUGCUCUCGGCAGAUCCCGGAACUGUGUCACAGCUAUGAAGCGGGAGUUAGCUUUUGUGUUGGAGAACCAGUCUCAGCUCAUUGGUUCGCCUAGUCGAACUCGGGGAUCGAACGUUCAGAGCAGAGAGGUUAAUGGAGUUUCGGAGGACUUUAGCAAGAAGAGAUUGAAGAAUUGUGUUGGGCGCGGGUCCGGGUCCGGGUCCGAGCUGGAUGGUUCGAUUGAUCAGGCACACGCAGGGGAGUUUCGGAUUAAUGGAUGUAAUGGGGCUUCCGAAAGUGUGCAGAAGAAGAGAUUAAAGAUUUCGACAUUGAAGGAUGAGCCAAAUGAUGUUGCAGUAGAGUGUUUGAUUGAGAAGGAAUGUGCAACUGAGAAGGUAUCCAAGUGCGUGAAACCCACGGGUGAGGAGGAGCCAAACGGCGAGUUUGUGCAGUCACCUAUCAAGGAUGGAGUCUCCAUGGGAGCAAUUGUUUUAUUUAAUGGUAAAAGUGAUGCGGAGGAUGUUUUUCUGGAGAAGCCUGUGAGGAGGUUUACUCGCUCAGCUUUGAAGCCAAAGUUAGAGCCAGUAGAGGAUUUGGUCUCCCGACGUGGUUCUGGUCUAAAGGCUGUUGCUAGGAAUGAAGCGCUUAUGAAUGAUGACGACGAGAAUAGAACCGAAGCAAAGGCGUCAAGAACUCCCAAGAAGAAUCUGGAAUUAAAAAUGUCAAAGAAGAUUGCACUUAAUGAUAUUCCAUCAACUGUUAAAGGGCUACUGGGAACUGGUUUGCUUGAUGGACUGCCAGUCACUUAUAUGGCAGGUAAAAAGGGAUUGAGGCUUCGUGGAACAAUUAAAGAUUCUGGGAUCUUGUGUUCAUGCAACUUGUGCAAAGGAUGCUGGGUUGUUACUCCUGCACAAUUUGAGCGUCAUGCUUGUAAAGUAUACAGGCGUGCUGCUCAGUAUAUUUGCUUUGAAAAUGGAAAAAGCUUCCUCCAGGUGUUGAAAGCAUGUAAAAAUUGCCCUCUUGACACAUUGGAAGCAACAAUUCAAAAUGCUAUUGGUUCUUUGCCUGUUAAAGAGUCUACGAUUUGCCAGAGUUGCAAAGGGUCCUUACCUGCUUCCUGCGCUGCAAAAAGCAGGUUGUUAUGCAAUUCCUGCAUGAAGUCAAAGAAAUCUCACGUGAAGUUAACUCAUACAAUUGGUAAAGAGUCAAGGUUGCCAAAACGAGCUUUGAUUUCAAAAUCAUCUAAACAUGCUUUGGUGUCCAUCUCUUCAAAAAGCAAGAGUCAGUGGAAGAUAACUAAAAAGCAUCAGCGGCUGCACAAGUUAGUUUUUGAAAAAGGUGGAUUACCUGAUGGAACUGAAUUAGCAUAUUAUGGGCAUGGACAGAAAUUGUUGGAGGGAUAUAAAAAGGGCUCUGGGAUAUUUUGUCAUUGCUGCAAUUGUGAGGUUAGCCCCUCUCUCUUUGAAGCUCAUGCUGGCUGGGCUUCUCGUAGAAAACCCUAUCAGUACAUUUACACAUCUAAUGGGGUGUCUCUCCAUGAAUUGGCAAUAUCUCUAUCAAAAGGCCGUAAAUUUGCUCCAAGGGAUAAUGAUGACCUAUGCAUCAUUUGUGCAGACGGUGGGAACCUUUUGCUUUGUGAUGGAUGCCCAAGGGCCUUUCACAAAGGUGAUUUCCGGAAUGUGCAAAUCUGUCAAGCAUUCCUCGUGGUGACUGGAGUUGAUUCUAUAAAACAGAUAACAAAGCGAUGCAUUCGUAUUGUCAAAAACCCAGAUGCUGAAAUCAGCGGAUGCAUGUUAUGCAGAGGUCAUGACUUUCAUAAAUCAGGAUUUGGUCCUCGCACUGUUAUACUUUGUGAUCAGUGCGAGAAGGAAUUUCAUGUUGGCUGUUUGAAGGAUCAUAAAAUGGCAGAUCUGAAGGAAUUGCCAAAAGGGAUGUGGUUUUGUUGCAUGGAUUGUAGAAGGAUCCAUUCAACUUUGCAGAAGUUGCUAGUUCGUGGUGCAGAGAAGCUCCCGGAUUCUCUUUCGGAUGUUAUAAAGAAGAAGCAUGAUGAGGGAGGUUUAGAUUCUGUUAAUUUGGAUGUAAGAUGGAGGCUUCUAAGUGGAAAAAUGGCUUCUCCUGAAAUUAGGUUGUUGCUUUCAAAGGCUGUUGCCAUCUUCCAUAAUUGCUUUGACCCUAUAGUUGAUUAUACAACUGGGCGUGAUCUUAUCCCCUCAAUGGUUUAUGGAAGAAACAUGGGUGGGCAAGAAUUUGGAGGGAUGUAUUGUGCCAUAUUGACAGUCAACUCAAAUAUUGUGUCAACUGGGAUCCUUCGAAUUUUUGGACGGGAAGUUGCAGAACUCCCCUUAGCUGCAACUAGUAAGGAUAACCAUGGCAAGGGCUACUUCCAAGUACUGUACUCCUGCAUUGAGAGACUGCUGGCAUUCUUGAACGUGAAAAGCUUCGUUCUUCCGGCUGCAGAUGAGGCAAAAUCAAUAUGGACAGAAAAGUUUGGUUUUACGAAAAUACCACCAGACCAGCUUCGUAACUACAGAAAAACCUGUUUUCAGAUGAUGACUUUUAAAGGGACGUCAAUGCUGCAGAAAAUGGUUCCUGAAUGUCGAAUUAUUCGCAAGAAUGUGGAGUAGUGGGAGGCAGUUGUGUGGAGUAUCAAUCUCAGAUGUAAUGGAGAACCCAUCAUUUUUUUUGUUUCUUCAAGAAAAAAAUUAAAUAUUCAUCAACUAUCAAUCUCAUAUGUAAUGGAGAUCCCAUAUUUUUUUUGGUAUCUUGGGAGUAUGAGAGGAGAUAAAUUUUAUAUCUCUCUCUCUCUCUCAGAUGUUCAUUUUAAAGACACUGGCACCUAGUUUUGUAAAAAAGUAGAUGAACCAAGAAUUUCCCA